AUGGGGGCUUGCGUCACGGGGUGGAUGGGUGUUUGCAGGUACCUGGUGGAGGAGAAGGGGUUCGAUGCCAACUCCACAUCUACGGACGGAGAGACGCCCAUCUUCGUCGCCACCGAGUCGAACCAUGCCGGCGUCGUCCCUCUUCUCAACUACUUUCUCAGCCGCGGCGGCGAUCCAGCUGCGCCCGACGCCAGGGGUUGCACGCCGCUGCACAAUGCCGCCGAGCACGGGCACAGCGAGGCUAUAGGACUGCUGCUGUCCAGGGGUAUUCCCGUGGAUCCUCUCAACUAUCACGGGACGCCGCUGCACUUGGCUGCAGGAAAGGGCCAUGCCCAGGCUCUCAAGGUCCUGCUAGAGCAUGGUGCCGAUCCCAAUAGAGUUGUCAAUCAUGUGUCUUCACCACUCCUGAUGGCUUGCUUUGCUGCCAAAUUGGAAUGCGUUAAGCUACUGGUUAAGGCUGGUGCUAACGUGAACUUCCAACGUCCACCAGGGCCAACUAUGUUAUUAGCUGCAGUUAGCGUUGGCUCAACGGACAUUGUCAACUUCUUGCUAAAGGCCGGAGCGGACCCUAAUAUUCAUGAUGGGUGUGGGAAAUUCCCAAUCAUGCUAGCAGCUUCUCAUAAGCGACGUGAGCUUGUUAAAAUUCUGCUUCCUCGGACAAAUCCCAUUCCUUCCAUGCCAGACUGGAGCGUUGGUGGGAUUAUUGGUACCAUGAAAACUCUAGCCCCGGUGUUGGCUGAAGAACCAAUUGCUAAUGUCAAGUCAGAAGGAAAGGAAGCGUUUGCAAAUGGGGACUACGGUUAUGCAAUCCACUGUUAUUUGCGGGCAAGCGCCAUUGACCCACAUGACGCCACCAUACUGGCUAACCAGAGCCUAUGCUGGCUGAAGCUGAGAGAAGGGGAGCGAGCUGUGUCCAGUGCUCAACAAUGCCGAAGGUUGCGUCCUGAUUGGGCUAAGGCAUGGUACCGCGAGGGCACAGCUCUCAGCUUGCUACAGAAGUACAAAGAUGCGGCCGAUGCGUUCGUGGAAGCGCUGAAACUUGACCCCGGGAACGAUGAGGUCGAGAACGCGUUAAGAGAGGCCAUGCGGCAUCGAGAUGGUGGCAAUGCAGGAGAGAACCCUUGA